AUGAGUGUCACUGCGCCCGGGCUGCCGCUAGCAGUCUCUGUUCCUUGCCGUCUGUUGCGAACGUCGAGAUCUUAUAGAAGUCAAUGCCUUGACUUCAGCCGGCAUGUGCAGUCACGGUCAUAUCAGACUGAUUCCAAGGCCUGGAAUGGCCAGAGGCCUACUGUUAGACCGAGCAAUGCGCAGUCAUUGAACCAUUCAUCAAGACCAAGUAUCAUCUUCGCUCACAUCGAUCCACAGCAAUUCCAUGCAACAGCUCCCGUCCAAGCGGCAGCAAAAAAUCCUUACAGCGUCUUGGGUGUUAGCAAAGAUGCAUCAGCUUCGGAAAUUAAGCGAGCAUACUACGGGCUGGCGAAAAAAUUUCAUCCAGAUACAAACAAAGACCCCAAUGCUAAAGACAAGUUCGCCGAAGCGCAAACCGCCUACGAGACUUUAUCCGACCCCGAAAAGAAGAAGGCCUUUGAUACGUACGGAUCUGCUGCAUUUGAUCAGAACGGUGGCUUUAAUCCUGGCGCUGCUGGCGGCGGUCCCUUUGGAGGGGCAGGUGGCUUUCAUGGGUUUGGCGGCUUUGGAAGCGGCGGGGGUUUUGGAGGAGGGUUUUCCGCAGAUAUAAAUUUUGAUGACAUCUUCGGUGCCUUUGCUAAAGCUACUGGUCGCAAUCCACGCGGUCAUGGGUCGCCCUUCUCCAGCGUUGCGGUUGGAGACGAUAUCGAGGUUCAGGCAAAUAUCUCGUUCAUGGAAUCGGCCAAGGGAACAACCAAGGAUAUCAACAUCACGCCCUUGGUUACAUGUAAUUCGUGUAAGGGAGAAGGAUUGAAGGACGGAAAGAAACGAUCACGUUGCAGCACCUGUGGCGGAACCGGCGCACAGAUCCAUGUUAUCCAAGGCUUCCAGAUGCAGAGCACAUGCGGAGCUUGUAAUGGAACGGGCUCGUUGAUCCCAAGAGGCUCCGAAUGCAACACAUGUAGCGGUGGAGGUGUUGUACGAGAACGGAGGACUGUCAAGGUUGAUAUCCCAGGGGGUGUAGAAGACGGGAUGAGGCUACGGGUUGCCGGUGAAGGUGACGCCCCCAUGGCAGAACCAGGAACCCGCACACAGCGAGGGAACCUCUUCGUCUUUAUACGGGUUGCUGCGGACCGUCGGUUUAAUCGCUCUGGAUCUGAUGUCUUGUACACUGCCGCCAUCCCUCUCACAACCGCGCUUUUAGGGGGUGAAGUUACAGUCCCCACGCUAGACGGGGAGGCUAAGGUCAGAGUUGGCACUGGAACCGGAACUGGUGAUAAGAUUACCUUGCCAGGAAUGGGUAUGCGAAAGCUCGGUGGCAGGAGAGCAGGCAACGGGGACUUGAAGGUUGAAUUCAAGGUCACCAUGCCGAGAUCUCUGACUCCCAACCAGCGAACAAUCCUAGAGGUUCUUGCAGAUGAGAUGGAUGAUAAGACUGCGAAACGAAUUAUGAAUGUCAACGAAAUGAAACCUGAGAGCAAGUCAUCAACGGAAGGAGGAGGCAACGGACAGAAGGGCCAAGGUUUCAUCAAGUCUGCUUGGGACAAGUUGAUGAACCAUCGCAAUUCAUGUUCAAGUUCAAGCAAGGGUCCAUCCGGCUCCAACGAGAAGAAGGGACCCUCAGCGCAACCUGACCAGCACAAAGAGUCUGACCAACCGAACGAGUCUAAAAAGGCAUCAGGCUCUGGCUAG